AUGUGCCGUUGGGCGGUCCACCCGUCGGACGUGGUGCCACCGCUGGCCGGUGCGCGGCUGGUGGCGGCGGUGGCUUGCGAGCCGAGGCGGAGCGCCGACGGCGAUGCGGUCGCAGCUGCGGCCAUCGACUGCAGCCUGUGCAUGCUGGGUGGCGGCGGAUGGGACGCCGAUGCAAGCGGGGGCUGGGAUGCUGAUCGAGUGGCAGCGUACAUGGCUGCCAUGGUGGAUGCCGCGCCCGGGGCGGCGGUCGACCUCCCGCUCGGCGAGCCGCAGACCGAGGUGGAGGUUCUAGCCCAGCGGGAUGCCGUGGCCAGACCGCUCAUUGAUGCCGAGAACGACGGGCAUAAUGAGCGCGAAGAAUGCCACCAGCGGCGUGUGCAUCUGCUGAGGGUACUCGUUUCUAAGCGGCCGGAUAAGGACGCCGAGCUCGCCGAGCUGGUGACGCUCGAGCGCGCGGGCGAUGCCGCCGCCACGGUCGUCUAUGUCCCGCUUUGCCCCACUGACGCCGUCCCGUUCUACUACCCACGGGCGGUGUGGUGGCGGAUUGACUAUGCAGCACUGGCGGCGGGAGCGAGCGACAGCAAUGAUGACGAUGGCGAGGGCGUGCUACGUGGCGAGAUCGAGGUCCGCGCGGCGUUUGCGGCACCCGACGCUGCGGCGGCGUUCAGCAAACACGGGCCGUUUCUGGCCAAGAAGGCUGUCUCGUUUGCCAACGGAACGCAAGUCGGGCGCAAGAAAAAGUACAUCUUUGACACGGUGGUCCCACGGAGCGUGUACUCUGCGCGGCGGGCUGAGAUCAAGGAGCGGUAUGCACAGGCGCUGAUGGACGGAUGGGCCGAGGCCACUGAUCCGGGCAAGCACGUGUUCGAGGACGUGUCAAUCGCGGCGUACAUGGUGUGCUUGGUGGAAGCGCUCCGCAGCCGCGGUGCGCCCGCCACUGACGUCGACAUCAUUGAUCUUGGCUGCGGCAACGGCGUUCUCGUUCACUUGCUAGUCGAGGAGGGAGUGCGGGUGGUCGGCGUUGACUGCCAGGUCCGCAAGUCGUGGACGGCGCCGAGCCUGUUUUCGUCGGCGGCGCAGGCAUCGCUGAUGCACAAGGUGCUACAGCCGAGCUCGAUGGAGCUCACCGAGCUCGGGGUCACCUCGGCGCUCCUGCUGCUCGGGAACCACGCCGACGAGCUCUCGCCGUGGAUUCCGUUCCUUGCGCGCGACUGGGGCGUUCCGCACUUUGCGCUCAUUCCUUGCUGCACCCAUACCUUUGAUGGGCGAUUCACCCGCCGCGAUCCGGACAAGGGCCGGUACGCCACCUACUGUGAGUGGCUGGUGAACGUUGCCCACGCCGCUGGUUUUGAUCUUGUGCGCGAGCACAUGCGGCUGCCAUCAACCAAGAACGUGGUCAUGCUCGACGCUGGAGUCGUGGAUCCCACCUCGGACGCCGCCUCCAUUCUUCGCGCUGCUGACGCUGAUGCCGAGCUCCUCGAGCGGAUCCGCGCCGACCAUGCCGCCGCCCAGUUUGCGCCGCGCAAGCCGGUCGGCUCGCUCACCUUUGACCCGCCGAGCUGA